GUCCGCCCGCGUCAUACUUAGAAGGCACAUUCCGCAGUCCGUUAAAUACCGCUGUCAGACUUGCCUCAAAACUGAACAACUCCGCAUCAUUUACGUACUGCAGGGCCAACACACAGGUACGACACUCAAGUGUUAUUCAAAGGGCCGUUUUUCUUACAGUAAGAGGACAAAUCCUUCUGACACUUAACCCAGGCAGACCAUAUCGUAAAAUAUGCAAAAUAAGUUUUAGAAAUUAUUUCAAAACAAUAUUCAAAGGCCAAUAGGCACCUUUGUGACAAUUUCGACGCACCCGUCCCUACCCAGGGAUUUUUUUCGACACGUGGCCAUCCCAUAAUAAGCGACGCCGGCGUCCUCGUUAUUCCACACGCGGUUCAUCUCAACAAACUCAAAAUGGCGGACGAUCAGUUGGACAUGAGCUUAGAUGACAUUAUAAAGCAGAACAAGAAGUCUUCACGUGGAGGAAGAGGUCGUGGGGGAUCCAGAGGCCCUGGAAGACGAGGCGGUGGACCAGUAGGCCGCGGUAGAACGCGGGGAAAUCGCUCAACGCCAUAUUCCCGACCUCGUGAGCUUCCGGAUAGAUGGCAGCAUGAUAAGUUCGAUGGCAGAGGUAGCGGUGGUCGUAGUUUUUCUGGUGGCUCAGGCGGUGCGGGUGGGAUCUCAACUGGAAGCAAGUUGAGCAUUUCAAAUCUUGACUUUGGCGUCUCCGACUCAGACAUUUCGGAGUUGUUUAGUGAGUUUGGGCAAGUCAAGCGAUCGUGUGUACAUUAUGAUGCCUCUGGACGGUCACAUGGCACAGCAGAGGUUGUGUUUGUCAGACGAGAAGAUGCUCAACAGGCCCUGAAGCAAUACAAUGGAGUCCCACUUGAUGGUCGACCAAUGAAAAUAGAGCUAGUAGCAGGCUUUUCAGACAGUAGACCGAGCCGGGGCAGAGGAGGUGGCGCAGGGGGAUACAAGGAUUCAGCCGUUUAUAUGCUACCCAUGAGCCACCACGGGUUACGACACAGAUUCUGGAGUGCAACCUUUUUUGAAAUAGGUAUAGACGUACCAGUGGUGGUGGAAGCUUUGGAGGUGGUGGAAACAGAAGCGGGUUCAGUCCGAGAGGCGGUGGGCGUGGUAGAGGUCGUGGUCGUGGUGGCAGGGGGCAACCAAAGUCUAACAAGACUGCUGAAGAGCUGGAUGCAGAGCUUGAUGCUUAUCAUGAUGAGGGUGAUGUUGAUAUGGAGUAAGCCACCCAAGCCGACAUGAACCACAAAGCUCAUCAACUGAUCGUCAUUGCCUACAAAAUGUGCCAGGCAGGCCCUAUACUAUAACUGAAUUUUUUUUUUAAUUCGAAAGGGCAUCAGGUGUUUGAUAACUUGUAGGAACUAUUGCAACUGCUCUUCAUAUAUGCUGUUAAUAGGGGGCAAUAUAUUUUCAAGCCCGUGAAGUAGUAACACACCAUUUCCUACAUAAUCAACCUUUUUCCUAUUCAUAAACCAGCUGAGACAGAUUCUUUGUGUAAUUUUAAUAUUUUACAUGGAAUGCAUUCUAUUUUUUUUUUAGUUUCUUGUAUAUUGUAUAGAAAUAAGAGUCAAAGCCCUGUGUCGAUGUAUCUCAAUACAUGGACUCAUGGUAUUUGCUCUAAAGUUAUUAAGCUGUUCUUGCCUGACACCAUGUGUACAAAGAACUGAAUGUUAGUGAAUAAAGUUUGCUAUUCCGUC